UAACUGAAGUUAUCCGGCCGCUAGUUAUCCCGCCGCUAGCCCGCUACCGCUAUCAGCACUGGAGAGGCAAAAGGGGUUGGGGUUGUCGGUAACAGAAAUCCAAGUCCAUCGGUGGGCAUUACAGAAAAGGACGACGAGAUAUUGAGGCGGAGAGCCCCAGUUACAGUGAGAGGAUGCUGAAUAUGUGGAAAGUCAGGGAGCUGGUUGAUAAAGCCACCAACGUGGUGAUGAACUACUCCGAGAUCGAGUCGAAGGUUCGUGAAGCCACUAAUGACGAUCCCUGGGGGCCAUCCGGACAGCUCAUGGGAGAGAUUGCCAAAGCCACGUUUAUGUACGAACAGUUCCCUGAGGUUAUGAAUAUGCUCUGGACCAGAAUGCUGAAAGACAACAAGAAAAACUGGAGAAGAGUUUACAAGGCCUUACUUCUACUAGCAUACCUCAUCAGAAACGGCUCUGAGAGAGUGGUCACCAGCGCCAGGGAGCACAUAUAUGACCUCCGCUCCAUGGAAAACUACCACUUUGUUGACGAGAAUGGGAAGGACCAGGGCAUCAACGUGCGGCAGAAGGUGAAGGAGAUGGUGGAGUUUGUGCAGGACGACGACCGGCUGCGGGAGGAGAGGAAGAAGGCCAAGAAGAACAAGGACAAAUACAUCGGCGUCUCCUCCGACAGCAUGGGCAGCGGCUUCAAGUCGGGAGAACGGAGUUUAGACGGAGACUCCAAGGGGAAAUGGGAGGAGGACUGGGACAAGAGUAAAGGGGGCUUCCCCUUCAGCGAGAAACUGGGCGAGAUCAGCGACAAGAUAGGCAGCACCAUCGACGACACCAUCAACAAGUUCCGCAAGAAAGACCGUGAUGACUCACCUGAUAGAAUCAGUGACAACGAGGAAGACCGAGUAUCGCAAAAUGGCCCGCCCUCCAAGUCCGAGUUCAAGGAUGAAGAGGACGGCGUCACAAACAAGGGCAGUACAGUCACCCAGGCAGAAGACGCCACGACAGCUGCCACCACCUCUGCGCGCAAACGUGGUGGCAUUCCUUCUAAAACAGUGGACCUGGGGGCUGCUGCUCACUACACCGGCGACAAGAGCAGUCCAGACGCAGACAACGCAAAGACAUCCAUCAGUCAAUCAAGCAGUGGCCUUGCAGACCUGUUAAUGGUGGACCCAGGCCAGACACCUUCCAGUGGUGGAGGUUCAGAUCUAAUCGGGGGCUUUGCUGAUUUCUCCUCCCCAGCCGCCUCCGCCAGCCUCCCUCCCAAAGCUGCCCCCGGUGGUAACGGAGAGUUUGGCGAGUGGAAUGCCUUCCCCACCACCAGCCCGCCUGCCUCCGCUGCUGCCGCGUCGGCCGUGCCCCCAGCAGUGACGGACCUCUUCGGCGACGUCCAGGCUGCCCCGACUCAACCGCCCCCCUCCUCUGCACAGCCCCCCUCGGCCGACCUCUUUGACCUGAUGGGGCCCAACCACGCCACCCUCAGCGGCUCGCAGAGCCUGAGCUUCAACAUGUGUGCCAACCAGGGCAUGCCCAUGUCACGGUCUCAGACAUUGGGAGGUCCUAUGCACAGUUUAGGGGGUCACAUGAUGCCACAGCAGAUGGGUAUGCAGAAACCAGGGGCGAAGGGCUCCCUCCCUGCCACGUGGUCCGACCCCAGCGUCAACAUCAGCCUGGACUUCCUGUCGGCCGGUAUGCAGCCGCCCAAGCCCUCCCAGCCCACGCUCAACACCAUGAUCCAGCAGCAGGGACCAGUUACAGGUAUCCAACCUCCUCUGAACAUGAUGGCUCAGAAUUUUGCCGGCAUGAACCUUAACUCCCCACCAGCAGCUGCUACAGGUGCCCCCAGACCACCCCUGGGACCCAUGAUGGUAUCGGGUGGGCAACUGGGCAUGGCGAUACCCCCCCCAGCCAUGGCAACGGGUACGAUGGGUGUCUUGGGAGUCGGGGGCGUGCCCCUCAAUCAGGGAAUGCUUGGCAUGAACAUGGGCAUGACUGCCCCUGCUGGGGUGGGCCUGCCUGGAGGCGCUGUUGGCAUGCCGGUGAUGGGCAUGGGCCAGGGCAUGACUCCCGGCAUGGUGCCACCCAAACAAGAUGCCUUUGCAAACUUUGGCAACUUUGGUAAAUGAACAUGAGGAGGAAGAGAGGAAGGAAGACUUUUGUGAUGUGAAUGAGGAGGGCUGAAAGCAUCUUGAGGGGGAAAAAUGAGCUGCCUAUCACAUGGACAAACUGAAAAAAAAAAAUUAAACAAGCAAGCAACUGACAACAGUCCUCUGCUCUCUGGGGUCUUUCCUGGGUUGGAAGAGAAUGAGGUUGUGGUUUCAGAGCAACUUUUUUAGGGGGGGUGGGGGUCAGGGGAGUGAGGAAUGGAAAGUGUAUACAUAGCAUACUUCGAAGAGAGUAUCUUUUGGAGUUUUGGUACGUCUACCAGUACUGUUUCAAGAAAACAACAUGAUCAAAUGAAAUGAAAUGAGUCCUGUUUUCCCAUCUUUUUCUACUUUAGUGUUUCUGCUUCUUUUAGAGUCUAAUGAAGGAAAAAAAAGAAAAUUCCAGAAAUUACCUCACAUUAUCCAUACUUCAUGCUGUGACUCGGAAGAAUGAAAGCGUUUGUCUUUGUAAAUAUUCCUUUUUUGUGUGUGUGCAAAGAAAUAAAUUAUUGCAUUAUUAAGACCUCUCGGGACAGUAUGGAUGUGGGUAAGAAGGCUUGAUGGACAAAGAGCUACCAUAGGUCCUUAAUUUCUUUUAUUUCUUCUUUUUGUUUUAAAUUGUUUUAUGUUUCAGUCAUACUGUUACAAAAUGACAUUCUACUUCCUGCACUUGAUCCCAUUUUGUUACAAAAUGGCCACCGGUCAAAAAGGAAAACGCGUGCAGUUCACUCGUAACUCUGUCAUUCCCUAAUGGACUCUCUCCCCCACUGCUCCAGUCACAGACAGGCUUGACAUGAUCAUGAUCGUGAUCAUGACUGUUUCACAGUACAGUUAGUGACUGCCAGCCUGUCUCAACUACAGAGUGCCUGACAGCAAGCUAGUUGCCUUCUUAAAUCUUUGGGCCACAUUUCAGAGCAAGCCAGUAUUCAACCCUAGAAUAUGUGUAAUGAGAACUGUUUCCAAAAUCUCAGUAUAUCAAGAUGUUACUGUAUUUCAAGGUAUGAUGUGAGUUUUUUUUUUUUAUUUAUUUUUUUUUUUUUUUUAAUUAUUAUUAUUAUUAUUAUUAUUAAUAUAUUGGUUCAAUUUAUUUCAAGAUUUUUUUUAUUAUUAUUUCUUUGGUUUGUUACACUAUUGGCAAUGAAGGACAUGGUUGACUGAAAGAAAAUCAUAAUUGAAGUGAAGUGUUUGCCACAGCCCUUUAUUGUUACAAGUCUGAGAUGACGAGAGUCUGGAUUUGAACGCACAAGGUCAAACUUACGGUAUAUGAUAACCCAGUUAGGCUUUCAUGUCUGUCAGUGAUCAGGCUGUUUCAACAUGGUAGCAUUUAAGGCUGCUCAGUGCAUCACGGAGAGCUGUUCCAGUUGUACCGUCAGUAUAGAACGUCCAACAGAUUCUGCCUCUGACUUACAAUGAUACAAUGUUACAAUGAUCCAAUAAAUAUAAGUGCUGUAGCAGUU